AUGUCAUUAAAUAUGGUCAAAUUUACAAAACUGCGUACGGCUAUUGAUCCAAGUUUUUGGGCUAAGUUAGCAGAAUUGAAACUGGAUAAAUAUAAAUUGGAAGAUAAAACUGAAAUAUCCAUUUGGAGUGGUUAUAGCUUGGAUAAAGCAUAUGAGAACAGAACAAGUCCAAUGAUUCUUGAUUGCACAUCGUUUAAUGAAAACGUUGAAACAACUUCACUUAACGGAUCUGUUGUCUGUACUGGAAUACUCAUUAACACUAAUACUUUUGAAUCAUUCAGACAAACUCAACCAGAUAAAUUUAUUGAUUCACUUGGUAAACAUCUCAAAGAUGCUAUCAUUGAUGGGACAGCAUUAAAAGAACCUUGGCGACUUACUUUAUUUUUAUUAUUAUCAUACGCUGAUUUAAAAAAACACAGAUUUCAUUAUUGGGCAGCUUAUCCAACUUUAUUUAAUUUACCUGAAAUUCAUUAUGAUGGUCCCCGAACAAAAGCUACAGAAAUACUUUCAAGCAGCGAUUUUAGUAAGCUCCAGACUGAUUUUAAUAAUUUGGACUCGAAAUUUAAAAGCUUUUUUGCUAUUUUAUUGUCCAGUGAUGGUUUAAAGAUUAUGACUUUGUUCGAAGGCGUUACUUAUGUUAACUCAUCACUAGUGAAAGCCAAAGAAACUAGUUGUGUUGAUCAAAAGCUGUAUUUUGCAUUUUAUGAUCCAUGUGAUACUCUUGAGCCAGGAUGGCCACUAAGAAAUCUUCUAUGUCUGUUAUUUUAUUCUUGCCCAGAUUUUACUUAUAGUAAAACAAUAAAUAUAUUAUCUCUUCGUGGUAAAAAUUUAGAGUCGUCUAUUAUAUUUUCUAUAAAAACAAAAGGAGGUGAAAAAAUUUUGGACAGAAAAGAAAUAAUCGAAGGACGACUGGUAGGAUGGGAAGCUAAUGUAAACGGUAAAAUGGGACCAAAUAUUGCUGAUUUAUCCGAAUCACUAGAUCCAAAUCGGAUGGCUGCUCGUGCAGUUGGUUUAAAUUUAAAACUUAUGAAGUGGCGAUUAGUUCCUGAUUUAGAUUUAGAAAAAGUUUCUAAACUUCGUUGUUUACUACUAGGAGCCGGUACUUUAGGUUGCUCAGUUGCAAGAGUAUUGAUUGGUUGGGGAAUUAAAAACAUAACAUUCGUUGAUAGUUCAACAGUAUCUCACAGUAAUACUGUUAGACAAACACGUUGGUUACCUACAUUAUUAUGCGCAGUAUUUGACAAAAUGGCAAUAAACGCAGCUCUUGGUUUUGAUUCAUACACUGUACAACGUCACGGUACACGAAGAGUAACAGUAGCUACUUCUCCUGAUUUAACUCAAAAUUGUCCAUCUGGUGAAGAUCUCGGCUGUUAUUUUUGCAAUGAUGUAACGCAACCAGGAAAUGCAAGUUUCAUUUCCCAAGCUGAUAGAACUCUCGAUCAACAAUGUACAGUAAGUAGACCUGGAUUAUCAUCAAUUGCUGCUGGCCUUGCAGUUGAAUUAAUGAUUGCUGUGACUCAACAUUCUAAAGGAAUUGGAGCCAACGCUUUUAUGGAUGAUGGUAGAAAUCAGUAUCGCUCUAGUGAAAGAGAGUCUUGUGAAGGCUUACUCGGAUUGAUUCCACAUACUUUGCGUGGUUCUCUUUGGAAUUAUGAGAUGCGGCUAACAAUUACUCAUAGAUUUCCAUCCUGCACGGCUUGUUCUAUACCAAUAAUUAAUGAAUACCGAAAACGUGGUUUUGAUUUUAUUCUUGAUGCUUGUAAUCAGCCUAAUUAUUUGGAACGAAUUGCUGGUUUAGAAGAUUUACUGAAAAGACCUAAUCUAGAUGAGCUGUGCUAUGCAAUAGAUAGUUCCGAUGAAGACAGUGAGAAUAUCAGUCUCACAAAAGUUUAG